CAGACAAGGAAAAAUAAAAAAUUUGGAAGAGUGGACGGAGUAAUAAUAUAAAAUUAAUCCUAUAAAAGGAACUAAUGCAUCUUGUUGUGAAUUACAAUAGUUAAAUUUCGCUUUAACAGUAUUUCUAUGAGGUUGCAGUUUAUAUGUGAUGUUAUUCUAAUAUAAUUCAUAAUUAUGGCUUUUUAUUCUUGUAAUAGAUACAGACUGCUCGUUGUCGUUUUAUUAGGGUUAAUAGUAUGGCAAGUUUUUCAAUUAUUUCCCAAAAAACAGGUUCAAUUGUCUCAGGAUAUAGUUGAGCUAGAAGAUGACAGAUUUAACAAACACAUAAAGGAUAAAGUGAAAGUAAGAGUGUAUUAUGAGGCUCUCUGUCCAGAUUCAAAACAUUUUUUCAUCAAACAUCUGGGUCCAGUCACUGAAAAGUUAUCAGACUUCUUAGAUAUUACUUUAGUACCAUAUGGAAAAGCUCAGACAAAAGAGAGUCAUGGAAAAUAUUUCUUUGACUGUCAACAUGGACAAGAAGAGUGUUAUGCAAAUAAAAUUCAUGCAUGCUCAAUUGCAUCAAUUGUUAACAUGACUAUGGCUGUGAAGAUGACAACCUGCAUGAUCAUUGAUAACUUGGAUGCAGAUGGAGCAUUGAAAAGGUGUGCCAAAGAGUUGAAAAUUGAUCCUGAUCCCAUCAGUAGCUGUGCCAGCGAUGACAAUGGAUCAGAGUUAUUAAAAAAAUAUGGUGAUGACACACACAUAAUCAGUCCAUCAUUUAUUCCUACAAUAACAAUUAAUGGAUCCAAAGAUAAUCAAGCAGCUAUUUUAAAGAAUUUACGGUUAGAAGUGUGUAAAUUGAUUGAUAUGCCUUUACCACCUGGUUGUUUGUGACAAACCAAAUUUGAUAGGGCAAAUAUGCACCAAAUACUUAAAAAGUUUUUGUGAACUGGAAAAACUAAUAAUAAUCAAUGAAGAUACUGUUUUAAGAACAAUUAUGCUCAAUUUGCUAGUAUUGUCUGUAUCUAUAUUAUUGAUGAGAUAACUUUACAUCAAUAUGAUUUGUAACUACUGAUAUGCUGUACUAUAAAAUGAUGCAUUUUGUGUAUUUUGUUAAUGAAAUAUAGUAAAUAAGCUUAACAUUUUUAUGUACUCACUGAGUAAUAUCGAGUAUUAGAAUACCAAGAUAUAACUAUGAAUAAUUUAUAGUUAUACAUCUUUAAUGAGUAAUUGGUAUAAAUAUCAUAUCACAUAUUUGCUAUAUAAUUAUGUAUAUAGUUAAAAAAUUGCUGCAAACUAAAAUGUAGGAGAUUAUAUAUUUUUUUUUUAAGUUUAGUAGUUCCUAUAGUUUGAUAAUUUGUACUUUAUAUAGCUCUAUUUACAGAACUUUGAUAAACUGCCUGUGAUGAAAAUUUUUAUUUUGAAAAUGAAUUGUGAUUAGUUUUUCAUUUCAUAUAUAAAAAUUGGUCUAAAAUUAUCCAAUCUUAAUAGACCCCAUGUGGGUACAGUGGUGUGAGUGAGUGACCCCACGCAAAAUAGGUACUGGGUGUCGAGUUGCGGAAACAGCCCGCCGUACUACUAAGACAGUGGUGUGAGGCCGUCUGGUAAAAAAUAUACAAAAGACAAGAAAUCUACAUCACACAAGAUAGGAGGCUGUCUUAGCCAAAGUAACAACAAUACAAUCACUGAAAAUAGAUUUCAUCAGUAGUAUUUUGUCUUUGUGCAAAGGGUACUGUUGUGUUUUUCUACAACUUCUUAUUUUUAAUCCUUUGGAUGCUAAGCGAUGUUUUGUUUAAUUUAUAUUCUAUAUACAAUUAAAUUAUGUUGUGCUUACAUCUUGGAUUAGGGGCCUAGGCACGUAUUUUCGCCAAAAAGCGCUAAAGUUUCUAUGAAAACAAAGCAGCGCCCCUACCGGCUGUAAGAGCAAACUAACUCCUUCCAUACAAAAUUUGACGAUGACGAUACGAUUACGGAACUGACAGUUUGUGCUUGAGCCUCAGGACAAGUUAAUUUAACUUUACAAUGAAAAUAUUUUCUCCUAUGAGAAUUUUACCAAAUUAUAAUUUAAAGUCCGAUGACGGCCCUACUCGGAGAAGUCAAUUAACUAUCAAGUUUGACUAAAUAUUUUGCCUUCGCCUUCUUCUCUGUAAUAAUAUAAAAAGAUGAACACAUGAUUUUAAUUGACUACAUUUCCUUAAGUUCUGUAAGUAUGGCCAUAAUGUGUUUUCUUGGCCUAAUGAGUUUGAUCAGCAUUUUGUCAUUGUUAAUGUAAGGUAAAAUUCUAAUCAAAAUUGGUCUCUGUGACCUGCAUUUACUUAGCUUAUAAUUAACUUUGAAAAGAAAUCUUAUUUGUUGUGUAUUACCUUUUUAUGGUUGUAUCUACGAUCAACAAUUCUAUAGAUAACGUGUUAGCGCGUAAAAUCCGUCCUGGUUUUUUUUUCUUUUUUUAAAUUAGUUUCGUUAAUACAAAUCGAAGUAACUCGCUGGCCAAUGACUGGUAAAAAUAUUUUAUUUUGUGGGUUCGUUUAUAAGAUAAAAGGUUGUAUGUGCGAAAUAACACUUUGUUAUUUAUAUACCUUAUUCCUUUGUCAGAUAGUUGUUAUUAGGUUCAACGUCAACUGUUUUAAAAAUUUAUCUUUGUUCAUUGGGAAUCGAUUUUCGCUGCAUAAGUUUACACAUAUGCGGACAGUUUUUAGCUUUGAUUUUGUAUGCAACCCGUUAUCUACAGAAUUGUUGAUCGAAGGGUUGUAUGGCUUUCCACUCCAUGCUUAUAGAAUGAAAAUUUAUAUUUCCUUAUUUAUAUUAGUUGUGAAAAUGUGUGAUUAAUAAAUAGUUAUGAUAGUAUUCUAUAAUCUACCUAAUGUGUUGUGUUCUGCUGCAAUCAAAUUAUUGAAAUGUACAGCAUUAUUAGCUCUUAAAUUUUUACUAUAUAUUGUUAAAAAGUAUAGUUUUUAUAGUAACAAUGUAAAAUACGUAACAACAAUUUGUAGUUAAACAAUUUGAUGGUUGUAUAGGUAUUACUUUAGGAGCAAGAGCGAAUGUAGUUUUUUUUUACUUACACACUGAUGUGACUUACAUACAAUAAGUCUCCUAAAGUGGAUGAAUCUAAGAUCAAUUAAGUAUUAUAUAUUAAUAAUAGAUAAAAGUGGGUAUUUAUAAUUUGCUAUAUAGGUAUUUACAUUUCAUUGUCUCAAAUACUAUGUUAUUACUUAAAUCAUGUACUAUUAGAAUCUAUUCGCUCAAACAGUUCAAUAACUGGUAUAUGUUAUCUUGCCUUUGUUUUUACCCUUAUUUUUUAUAUAUAAGAGAAACCUAAAGAAUAUAUGUAUUUUUAUAU